AUGAUUGUAAGAAUGAUACGUCUCUGUAACGGCCCUAAGAUGCUACGAAGCCAAUUUACAUGGGUUGGCGCACUGUAUUCAACCAAACCGUCGUUCAAGACCAUCGUGUGCCCAAAAGUAAGGUUGAACUCAAUUAUAUCACACAAAAAAGCAUUGUUAUCUCAGUCAAUACGACUGCAAUCAAGCAUUGCGGAGGGAAAGGCAUCCACCAAGCCCACUUUAAAGUUAUCCGAUGCUAAUUCAAAAUCAUCCGGAUUUAAAGACAUUAAGCGAUUGUUUGUUUUGUCCAGACCAGAAUCCAAAUAUAUCGGGCUCGCCCUUCUUUUGAUUCUUAUUUCGAGUUCAGUUAGUAUGGCGGUACCUUCUGUUAUUGGUAAAUUAUUGGAUGUAGCUUCCGAAAGCGAUGACGAAGAAGAUGAAGAGAAAGCGAGAGACAGUAAGCUUUACGGACUAACCAAGAAGCAAUUCUUUACAGCCUUGGGAUUAGUGUUUGUAAUUGGUGCAGUUGCUAACGCAAGUAGAAUCAUUAUCCUAAAAAUCACCGGUGAACGAUUGGUUGCAAGACUAAGGACAAGAACAAUGAAAGCUGCCUUAGACCAAGAUGCAACGUUUCUAGAUACCAAUCGUGUUGGCGAUUUAAUUUCGAGAUUAUCAUCAGAUGCGUCCAUAGUGGCGAAGUCUGUAACACAGAACGUCUCUGAUGGAACAAGGGCAAUUAUCCAAGGCUUUGUCGGCUUUGGUAUGAUGAGUUUCCUUUCUUGGAAAUUAACUUGUGUUAUGAUGCUUUUGGCCCCUCCACUGGGUGCAAUGGCGCUGGUAUAUGGUAAAAAGAUACGGAACCUCUCAAGACAAUUGCAGACUUCCGUAGGUGGAUUAACAAAAGUGGCAGAAGAACAACUAAAUGCUACUAGAACAAUCCAAGCGUAUGGUGGCGAAAAAAACGAGGUUCACCGUUACGCAAAGGAAGUCAGAAAUGUUUUUCAUAUCGGCCUGAAGGAAGCUGUCACUUCCGGUUUAUUCUUCGGAAGUACUGGGCUAGUUGGCAACACAGCAAUGUUAUCGUUAUUACUAGUCGGAACAAACAUGAUUCAAAGUGGCGUAAUGACAAUUGGUGAACUGUCAAGUUUCAUGAUGUAUGCCGUAUAUACCGGAAGUUCAUUGUUUGGCUUAUCUAGCUUCUAUUCAGAACUUAUGAAAGGUGCUGGUGCUGCAGCUAGAGUGUUUGAAUUGAAUGACCGUAAACCGCUAAUCCAUCCGACUAUUGGGAAGGACCCAAUUUCUUUGGCGCAUAAACCUGUUGUUUUCAAAAAUGUGUCGUUUACCUAUCCAACUCGGCCCAAACAUCAAAUUUUCAAGGACUUAAAUAUUACUAUCAAACCCGGUGAACAUGUUUGUGCUGUAGGUCCAUCAGGAAGCGGUAAAUCAACAAUCGCAUCCUUGUUGCUCAGAUAUUAUGAUGUAAAUUCAGGAUCGAUUGAGUUUGAUGAUGAAGACGUCAGAAAUUUCAACCUGAGGAAGUAUCGAAGACUAAUAGGAUAUGUACAACAGGAACCGCUACUUUUUAACGGGACUAUUUUGGACAAUAUCCUCUACUGCAUUCCAUCUGAAAUUGCGGAAAGGGAAGACCGUGUUGCCAGAGCCAUUGAGCAAGCUAACUGCACCAAGUUUUUGGCAAAUUUCCCAGAUGGACUGCAAACUAUGGUUGGUGCGAGAGGUGCACAGUUAUCUGGUGGCCAAAAGCAAAGAAUUGCAUUAGCCAGAGCAUUCUUAUUAGAUCCUGCUCUUCUUAUCUUAGAUGAAGCAACUAGUGCUCUUGAUUCUCAAAGUGAAGAAAUAGUUGCCAAAAACCUUCAGAAACGUGUAGAAAGGGGGCUCACAACAAUAUCGAUUGCACAUAGACUAUCUACAAUAAAACACAGCACUAGGAUCAUUGUACUAGGGAAGCAUGGUUCCGUUGUUGAAACUGGUUCAUUCCGAGAUCUGAUUGCUAUUCCAGAUAGUGAACUGAAUGCGCUGCUUGCCGAACAGCACGAUGAAGAAGGAAAAGAGAAAACUGCAAAUUUGGACGCAAUAGUGUAG